ACAUGGGACGAAAUGAAUGUGGCGAACGGUGGUGUGAGAAAUAGUUGUACUUCAUUGCCGUUUUCGCGCUGAUAGAGACAUACAAAAAUAUUAUUAUUUUUUUAUAAAUAUUAUAAUACCGAGUAAGUGCGUAAGUGUCGUUGUACGUGUGCACAACUACAUAUGUAAAGGAGUAAAGGUGCGUGUAUGCCUGUGACGGUGUGCGCGUGUGUGAGUGUGUGUGCAAAUACCAGCCUAUAAAUGUAUGAAAAAAUUACAAAUUAAGUAUUGGAAUUUUAUGGUGCAACUUUACGCCUGCGCGUUUGUUAACUGAAAGAAAGCAACUUUUGCACGAAGAAAUUUAUGGGAAUAUUUGAGAUCACACAGAUUUUAUGCUGAAAAUAUUAAAUUGGCGAAAGAAAUGCGAAAAGUGAAUUGAAUUAAAGCGAGUGUGCUACACACACCAGAAAUCUAUCGGCACGCUGAAGACUAUUGUUCACCAUGCUGCCAAAUACAAUUAGUCAGGAUCGCGGCAAAGACUGGACUAGCCUGCAUGAGGCUGCCGCCAAUGGCAAUGAGGAAAUGCUAAAAACGCUACUCACCGGAAAUCCCGAUACUACACCGAAAGAGACCAAAUUAGGCAAUACACCGCUGCACGAAGCGGCGUCGCGUGGUUUUAGUCGGACGGUAAAAUUGCUUUGUACGCCCAAAACCAGCACAAAACCACCCGCGAAGAGCAAACAUAAAAAUGAGACGGCCAAACAAAAUCGUGGCAGCACACAAAACGCAGUGCUGGGCGCACAGAAUUUCGCUGGCUUCACCGCCUUGCAUUUGGCCGCGCAAAAUGGACACAAUCAAAGUUGCAGAGAGCUAUUGAUGGCGGGCGCGAACGCAGAUAUUGAGAAUUAUUAUGGUGACACCGCGUUACACACCGCCUGCCGCUAUGGACAUGCCGGCGCCGCGCGCAUACUCAUCUCUGCCUUUUGCGAUGUGAACAAGAAGAAUUUGAAUGGUGAUACACCGUUACACAUAACCAGCGCCAUGGGCAGGCAUAAACUCUCGCGCAUACUACUAGAGGCUGAGUGCGAGAUCAAUAUACGCAAUUCACAGAGUGAAACGCCGCGUGACAUAGCGAUACGCAAGGGUUUCGGCAAGAUUUUGGACAUCCUGGACAAUCCGCAUCGCAUACGUAAUAAGAAGAGUAAGCCAGGCACGUGUGAAGAGGAGAAAACGAAAGCGCCGGCGGGUCCAUGUACUUCUAAGGCACACUCAAACGAGGUCAGCUGGUCGCCAUAUGGCUGUCACUACUUUCCCGACAUGCGCGCCUUUCCAUCGCCCAAGCUCGAGACACUGCCCAAAGAGCCCUUAAAGCGCGGCGAACAAUAUUACCUGGAUCUUGCCGGGCACAUACGUAAAGGUCCAAUUGGUAUUGGCAACAUCUGCUAUUGCGGUCCGUUCUUCAAACACAUUGAGGAUAAGAUCAAUUCAAAUAAGCGUCACCUGCGUAAAUACGUGCAUUACGCGAAGGAGCAUUUGGACGACAAAGUGCAGGCGCUGGCCGCACGCACAAAUCACCAAAUCGAGAAGCUAACGCGCACCAUGAUAGCGGAUCGUGUGGAAUGCGAGAACAGACGGCUUUAUUUGGAGAACUAUUUGAAACGUGGCGAUCCGUUGCGUCUAACCGCAGACGUUACGUCGCGUGGACGGGAGGCACGUGAAAUGUACGACACGUUGAAACGUUGCCGCAGUUUGGAGUUUCUCGAAAAAGUCGAUAUGUCCGAGGGUAAGUUGGCGAAUUCACGCAGUUACGAUCUGCUCGAUGCCAACGCCAAUGAAACAGCUGUGGGUCUCUGCAGGGGCGAAACGCAAUGUUGUUCGCACGCGACAGAAUUGCAAAAUCAUUUAAGCGAAGACUCCAACAAUGAUUUCUACGAUGUAUCGAAACGUUUGGGCAGUUUGCUUGCGAAGACCAACACAUUACUGCAGGUGCCCGCACAGAUUGAGGCUGAGCCACGCAAUGUACUUGCAGCAGCAUCCACGGCUUUGGAUGUAGAUACAGGCGACGAGCGUGCAGACGCUCUUACCACACACAUACAAAACAUGCAUUUAAGCCCAUCCAAUAGCGAAGCUUCUAACAUCACACCAGCACAACUGAGCUCAGAAACCGGCGCCAUCUCCAGUCCCGAUUACAACUGCAAUUUCCGCAUACCACACGUGACUGCGAAGCGUAAAGCGAUUGUGGCUACGCCAGAGGAGGCGACAACAACCGCGUCAUCGACAGCUUCACCUGCGGAGCAACUGCACCACAGAGACAAGCCGAUUGUAAGUUGCGGCAACGAAAAGCAGCUGGAAUAUUUAUAUAGUAUACAAAAGCGCGGCAGCGUCAUACAGAAUGUGAUAAGCGCACUGCGUAAGAGCCAUCAAAGAGCUGACGACAGCUUAGCGGCGACGGCGAAAACGCGUAACGAGUCGGAGUAUACACAAGAGGAUAAGCUCGGCUAUAAAGAUGAGCUCUUUCAGGUGCAACGCCUGGCCGAAAGCGAAAGUAAAGAGGCGGCGUUGUUGAAAGAGGUGGGCUUGCCGCUGGACGUUGUAACAGGCAGAGAGCCUCACGAACUCACAAGGAAGUCUGCGUUUGUACUGAAAAACCGCGAGUUCAAUGAAAUACAACGAUUGCAAAGUAAAAGUGGUCUGCUGACGACGCAAGCCUACCUCGAGCAAGGCGCAUACCAACAAGACUCCUCCUACACGGAGAGUCAUCCGGGUGAAGACGCACUCGACUCGCUUGAGAGCUUACAGCAGCAAACGUCGUUGCAUGCCAAUAAUGUGCCGUUAUAUGCGCAACACAUUUUGGACAACGGCAAAGUCGCUGCCUCGCACGGUUCAACGCCCACACAUGCGACCGACUCACCAGACUCACAGAACUACGUCUUCCAAACCAACUAUUGGCCGGAACGUUAUGUGCCCAAAGAUGCUUACUUCCACGACUUAUCACAACGCAAGUGUAGAGGCGCGCCAACAAGUGUCACCCCGACGGCAACAACAACAACGCCGGGUGAGGAGAUAUCCACCUACACGAAUGCUUUACCGAAAUUUAACGUUGCGAAUGCCGUGAAAAGUAUCGAAAAUCUGAACGGUCAAGUGUUGCCUAAUACUUAUAUACGAGAUCCAACCGUCAGGAGCAGUCUCAAGGCGAAACCCUUUGUAGCGCCACCAAUUGAUGUGAAUGUGCAGCGCAGCGGUCUGAGGAGCGCUCUGUCUAUGCAAACGGCGCUGUUGGAUGAACAACCUGGUGUACGGUCUCCUGAGCCGACCGAUUGUGUAGGAGUCGCACAGCCUGGCACUGUGACAACCGCCUCGAUACACAAUGGUGUAGGAAGCUACGGGUAUAGUCGCGAGGAGAGUGACGCUCUCAAUGGCAAGACCGGCAGGUUGCCUGCCACGGGCUACUAUGCGAGUAAUGUUUCUAGUUUGGUUUGACUUUUAUUGAUUGCUUUUAAGGUUCUCUAGUGUUAGUGUGUGCGGAGUUUAAGCUUUAGGAAUAAGUAGGCGUACCUAUGUAUGUGUGAUCCUAUAUUAUUGUAAAUAAUUAAUUUUUUAGAGAUCAGAUUUUAA